UUACUGUUUGUUUUCUUACGUAACCGUUUUCAUAGCCUACUAUUCAUUUUUUUUUAGCUGGGAUUACUGGAUCUGGAUAUUAACAUGACUCAAUGAACUGCUGUGUAGACAUUGACUUUGUUUUAGUUUUAGAUUCUAUCUUGUUUCUAACAAAGUUUCCUGCUUUCACGUGUGUUAACGACAGGUGCCAGUUACGCUUUAGAGUUCUAUGAUGAACAGUGAUAACAGUGAUUAGUGUGGACUCUUCUUUUAGGAACAAUGCUCAGAUUUCCUCACAAGCGCUUCAAUAACUAGAUCUAGAGAUUUGGAUAUUUUGCGUCAAGAUCAAGACCUGAUGGAUGAUGCAGUGCCAGGACUCUCACAGCCUCCUAACGUUAACCUAUAGAAGCUUCUGCAAUAGCCAUUUGGCAACAAGUGAAAAUGUUCCAGAUUGUGAGAAAGAUCUGGCGCAUUUUCCUGUAUCACAUCUGGCUUUUAAAAUUCCUUCUGUUACUGCUCCCAUUCUCUGGAGGCCAGUCUGAUACAGUGCAGUACAGCCUGACCCUGAAAGUUGUCGAGAAUUCUCCUGUGGGCACUCUUGUGGGAGAGGUAAUAGGACAAGGAUUUGGUCCGCCCUAUUCAAAAUGGCUUCCUCCGACUGACAACAAGACCGUUAAUAGUUUCAAUGUCAUUCUCGCAACAGGCAGAGUGACCACCAAGGAUUCUCUUGACAGGGAAGACAGAGAGUUCUACACCAUUAUACUAAGCACCUUAAAUUUGUCCAAUGCCUUGGUCAUUGUAACUAUUCAGGUUUUAGAUUUGAAUGAUAAUGCUCCAGUGUUUUCUAAUCCAUAUUACAACAUUAGCAUUUCUGAGUCAGCCCCUGCUGGACACAAAAUCGCUCUGGGUAGUGUGAGGGAUGAAGACUUAGGUGAAAACACCACCCAAAUUGUUGAGAUUGUCAGCGGCAAUCAGGAUGGAGAUUUCACCAUACAAGUUCGAAACAGCAGCAAUAUUGAUAAAAUAAUAGACUUGGUUGUAAGUCCAACCAAAUUGGACUUUGAGAGGACCAAAUUUUACCAUCUGGUUAUCAGGGCAACUGAUGGCAGGGGCCGAUCCUCUGAGAUGAACAUUUACAUCAAUAUUUUAGACCAGAAUGACAAUGAACCUAUUUUCAAUAUUAGUAAAUACUCUGUGAAAAUUAAUGAAAGCAUAGCUGUUGGGACGUCAAUCGUUCAAGUGUUUGCAACAGAUUUAGACUCUGGAGACAAUGGAAGGAUAAGCUAUUCAAUUGACCACAAAACUGAUCCAGAAGAGUAUUUUGUCAUUAAUUCAACCACAGGUUGGGUCAGAGUAAACAGACCCCUAGAUUAUGAAACACAGCAAAAAUUUUCUUUGACGCUGGAGGCUAGCGACCAUGGAAGUCCUCCACAGAUGGGCACAGCAGCGUUAGAAAUAUUUGUUGACAACAUCAAUGAGCAACCUGCCAAUAUUUCCAUAGAGUUUCUAGAUCAGUUUAAAAAUGGCAUUGUUUUAGAGGAUACAUCAGUAGGUACAAAAAUUGCAACUGUCAGAAUUGAUGACCCUGACAUUGGUGCCAAUGCCAAGGUAAGCAUCAAACUGUACCCAAGCUCCAGCAGUUUCAGCCUCCGUGAUCAGGAUUUAUAUUUGGAGACUCCUUUGGACAGAGAAACCCAGGCUGUUUAUUGGUUGUCUGUGCAGGUGACUGACACAGGCAACCCCCCACUCAGUGCUGUAAAAGAGUUUGUAGUCAACAUUGGUGAUGUGAAUGAUAAUUCGCCCAAAUUUAUUAAGUCAGUGUACCAAGCAGAAGUAGAUGAGACGGCUGAAAUUGGAUUAGAAGUCAUCACAGUUUUGGCCACCGAUGAUGAUGCAGGAUUAAAUGCCAGGAUUUCGUACGCUAUCCAGGACAGCUCCCAGAACAUGGGGUGGUUCACUGUGGAUUCUAACACAGGCAAAGUUUACACCCGGGCUACACUGGACUGUGAUCUCAAUGCACAUCCAGUGCUGGUCAUCGUGGCUAAAGAUGGUGGUGACCCACCCAGAAUGGCCAGUGCCCAGGUGAACAUAACUGUAAAGGAUGUAAAUGAUAAAGAACCGGAAUUUGAAUUCAGUUUCUACAGUAUUACAAUCACUGAAAACAGAAGAACUGGGGAUUGUUUUCUAACGGUUUCAGCCUCUGACCUGGAGUGUGGGAAAAAUUCUCCCGUGACCUACAGGAUGGCCCGAAUGCUGGCACCGCUGUCCGAGUUCCGAGUGGACCCCAUCAAAGGGGACAUAUGUGUCCAGGGCACGUUGGAUUACGAGACGGCCACGUCCUACCAGUUCCAGGUGGAAGCCGUGGAUGCAGAUAACUUGACAACUCAGGCUGUGAUACAAGUGGAGAUAUCUGAUGUCAAUGACAACCACCCCAAGUUUGAACCCAAAGACUAUGCCAUCAAUGUCAUGGCUAAUGCCAACCCUGGACCCUUGGUUACUGUGCAGGCUAGGGACAGAGACAGUGGCCUCUUUGGAACUGUAACAUACUCUAUUGUGUCUGGGAAUGACAAGGGUUAUUUUACCAUCAAUAACAACACAGGGUCCAUCCAAUUGAUCAAAGUGCUUCCUAAUGGACUAUUUACGCUGAUCAUCAGAGCCACAGAUGGUGGUGGACUGACAUCUCUAGACAAUGCUGUGGUCACUGUCAGUGUCAUCACAGGCAAUGUGUUCCCACCAAUCUUCACUCCCACAAUGUUCAACUUCACUGUCAGCGAGGCUGCAAGUAUUGGACAGAAAGUAGGACAGGUCCCAGCAAGUCUCUCCAACCCUACUUCAGAAAUCAAGUACAGCAUUCGUUUCCAGACUGUGGAUUGGUUCAGGCUAGACACUGUGACUGGUGAGCUUUUCUCUAAAGCAUCCCUGGACAGGGAGGUCAGUCCUUUUGUGGUACUCAGCAUACAGGCAGAAGCCUACUUCCCACCUGUCUUUGCUGUGGCUCAGGUCAAUAUUACAAUUCUGGAUAUAAAUGACAAUGCUCCAUAUUUCCCAUCAACAACAAUGUUGGAGUUGGAAGUUCGUGAAGAUGAAGUUGUUGGCAGUAAUCUAUAUGUUGCUCAAGCUUUUGACAAAGAUCUUGGUAACAAUGGAACUGUGCGAUACAGGCUCCAGGACACUGCUGAUAAACCUUUUUCUAUUGAUAGCAUCUCUGGCAAGAUAACUCUAAACAGAAAUCUAGACUACGAGGCAGUGCAGAACUAUUCCAUUGGCAUCAUUGCUGAAGACCUCGGCACCCCUCGAGCUUUGAGUGCCAACAUGACACUCACUGUCAGGGUCAAAGAUGUUAAUGAUAAUGCCCCCCAGUUUGACAGGGCUCUCUAUUUGUUCAGCGUAUCAGAAGAUGUUCCUCUUGGUCAAAAUGUCAACGUAGUUUCUGCCACAGACAAGGAUUCUGGGAACAACAAGAAAAUAUCUUACUCCUUUGUGGAAUCACGCUACAGCUCUGUAUUUGGCAUUUCACCAGUCAGUGGACAGAUAUGGACAAGAGAACCACUGGACAGGGAGCUUCAUGAUUAUUAUGAGUUCACUAUUAAGGCAGUUGACCAUGGCAGUCCACAGCUUUCUGCCACAGCACUAGUCAAGAUUAAUGUCACAGAUGUCAAUGACAAUCAGCCAGAAUUCUCUAGAGAUGAAUACAGGUUCUCUAUUGCUGAAAAUCUGCCCCCCAACAGUUUAGUUGGUCAACUUACUGCCACUGACCGAGAUGCUGGAAGCAAUAGCCUUCUGGAUUUUUACCCCUCUGGGCUGAACAACAACUUCACUGUUGACCCCAGAAAGGGUGAGAUUCGGACAAAGGUGUCCCUAGAUAGAGAACUGGUUUCUGAGCAUGUUAUCAUCUUCUAUGUCUCUGACAGUGGCUCCCCUUCAUUGAGCUCCCAGACCAGGGUGAGAAUUAAAGUGGAGGAUGUGAAUGACAACAGUCCAAUCUUCCAGAGACAAGGUCCUUUCAUUCUCAAUGUUUCUGAGAACCGGCCCAAGGGAACAGAAGUGACCACUCUUGUUGCCAUUGAUUCAGAUGAAGGUGACAAUGGAUUAGUAACCUAUUUCUUUGAUCAGAAUCAAUCUGAAGGUGUUGCUCUUAACAGUUUUGAAAUUCAUCCACGCUCUGGUAAAGUGACCACAAAAGAAGUCCUGGAUUAUGAAACGCUAACUGUAUAUCGCUUGGUUGUGGUGGCCCGAGAUAAUGGACGCAUUUUUAUGGAAACAUCCCAGCAAGUGACUGUCCAGGUCCUGGAUGUCAAUGACCAGGCUCCCAUGUUUCCUUCUAAGGCUGUCACAUUCGACUGUGUUGAGAAUGUUAGUUUGGGCACUGUGGUGGGGAGGGUCAAGGCCACAGACAAAGACUCUGGUGAGAACGGAAAGGUCAACUACUACCUGGUGGGAGGUAACAUCUUUAGUGCUCUCUCUGUGGACAGAGUCUCUGGGAACAUCACCACAGUUGCAGAGAUUGACUAUGAAGUGGCAUCAACCCACAUUUUGAAUAUCCAAGCUUUAGAUAGCAGCGCAGCACUGCCCAAGUCAAGCAAUAUCACAGUAACUAUCAGAAUCAUAGAUGUUAAUGACAAUGCCCCUGUGUUUGACCAGGAUCCUGUAAUUAUCCGCACCAUUGCAGAGAAUACCCCAAAGAAUCAAGUGAUCCACAAGUUCAUUGCCACAGACAGGGACUCUGGGGUGAAUGGAACAGUUCGUUUCUCCAUUGAGACGUACUCUGGAAAGGAUGAAGGGCUCGGUCCAUACUUUGACAUCAACCCCAGCACUGGUGAAAUGUACAUCUCAGGACUCAUUGAUUAUGAAGCUGUAAAACAGAUUUCGGUGAUGGUCAAGGCCCAAGAUUCCUGCCCGUCACCCUGCAAACCCCUCAGCUCUUUAAUGACCACCAUAAUCUUUGUCACAGACAUUAAUGACAAUGCCCCAGUGUUUGAGUCCCCGUCUGAGCUGACCGUAUCAGAGGAGGAGGUUGCUGGUUAUGUGGCGGUGGUGGUGGUUGCUGUAGAUGCAGAUUCAAACAUUGACAACAGCGGCAACAACAUUGUGAAGUAUUACAUUGUAUCUGGGAAUGAGGACGGGAAAUUUCUCCUGGAUCCUGACACGGGCUAUCUAACAAUUUAUGAUGCUCUGGACCAUGAGGUGCAGACAGGCUACCUCUUAAACAUCAGUGCCGAGAACCUGGGACUGCCCAAAAUGGUGUCCUACCAGCAGCUGAACAUCACUGUAGCUGAUGCUAAUGAUAAUCCACCAAUCUUCCAGAAGACUGUCUAUCAUGCCAACAUAUCAGAAAAUGCCAACCCACUGACCUCAUUUUUUACAGUCAAAGCCACUGAUGCAGAUGAAGGUGCCAAUGGUCAACUGACAUAUCAGAUCCCUACUGGCAUAGCAGGAGACAAAUUCUCUGUGGAUGGCCGCACAGGUGUGGUUUCGACCACAUUGAAACUGGACCGGGAAGAGAUGGACUCUUACAUACUGACAGUCUAUGUGAAAGAUGGGGCGUAUCCCUUCCACUACAGCAGCUGCACAGUCUUUGUGACUGUGACUGACCUCAAUGACAACCCACCCAUCUUCAAGAACCCACCUUUUCAGAUCAGCAUUCCAGAGAACAGGGACCAGAGCUCAGUGCUGACAGUGGUAGCCCUAGACAGAGACAUUGGUGACAAUGCCAGGAUUACUUAUGAAAUAACUGGUGGCAAUGAUGGAAGCUUCAGCAUUGACCCUCAAUAUGGUCAUUUGUCUACUCAGGCUUUGGACCGGGAAACAAGAGCUCUGUAUAAUCUGACCAUAACAGCAAGAGAUCACGGGGCUUCUCCUAUAUCUGCUAGCACCUAUGUACUGGUGAAUGUUUCUGAUGAGAAUGACAAUAGCCCAGCAUUUGAUAAAUCAAUUUAUGAGGCUUCUAUCAGUGAAGAUAUCAGUCCUGGCCAAGUCAUGCUGACUGUGACUGCCACUGACCCAGAUGCAGGACUGAAUGGGCUGGUCAUGUACUCCUUGAGUAAUGAAACUGAUGGCUUCUUUGAGAUCAACAGUACAUCAGGGGAAAUAUACACUAGUGGCACAUUUGAUAGGGAGAAGAAUGCUUCUUUCUCUUUCAUCAUUAUGGCUUCAGACAGCGGCGUGUCGGGCCCAAGAAACACUACAGCCCGGGUAGAUGUGACCAUCACUGAUGUGAAUGACAAUGCCCCUAACUUCACCAUGGUACCUUUUACUGCUAACAUCCGUCAGGACCUCCAGAUUGGGGCCACUGUGCUUGUUGUCACUGCUCUUGACCCUGACCUGGAUGCAAAUGGCAGAGUGGUGUACUCCCUGAUGAGCUAUGCUGGAAGUGACAAUAGCCUACAGUAUUUCCAAGUGGACUCCACUACUGGAGUUGUAAGGACCAAAACAUCACUUUCACCUAUCUCAGGUGCUCAAAGGCUAUAUGUGGUGGCCACUGAUUCUGCCAUAGCGCCUCAAGCCAAACUGUCUUCUACUGGUAUGGUGGAGAUAACAGUGGGCUCUCCUGCAACAAACACUCUGACUUUCAGCAGCAAUGAGUACCAUGCUGCCAUUGAUGAGAACUCUUCAGCAGGCACCAAUGUCGCCAAUGUCAGCGCCAGCUUUGGCCAGGGGCAGGCCUCUCCAGGUCAAAUCUCAUACAGAUUUGCCAGUGGAAAUGAGAACCAAGCAUUUCAAUUAAAUUCAGCUACAGGUGUAAUCACAGUGUUUAGCCCCGACAAACUGGACUAUGAGAAGGUCCACAGGUUUCGCUUGACCCUCACUGCCUCCUCUGGAAACAACAUAGCUUAUGCCACUGUUUGGGUUGAUCUGAAAGACGUCAAUGAUAAUGUUCCAAAGUUCUCUCAGAGCAAGUAUGUGUCUGCCAUCUGGGAGAAUAACCCACCUGGUGUUCAGACUUAUGUCACACAGGUGUUUGCUAAUGAUGCUGACAGUGGGAAGAAUGGCUUCAUUUUCUUCACCAUUAUUGGGGGCAAUGAUGACAAUGUGUUUAAGAUCAGUUUGCCCCAGACUGGCAUUGUGGUCACCUCCGAGGAUGCUGCCCCGCUGGACAGGGAGGUCAAGCCCAAUGGUUAUAGAUUGACUAUAGAAGCUAGAGACAAUGGCUACCCACCAAAGUUUACGACAUGUAUCUUGAUCAUCAGCAUAGUGGAUGAGAAUGACACACCUCCUUACUUCCCAGAAAUUCAAGACCUGUAUGUUCCUGAAAAUCGUGACGUUGGUUACACUGUUGUUAUGGCAACGGCUAAUGAUGUGGACCUAAACCCAAUUCUGGUGUACGACUUUAUGACUGAUGGUAACCCUGACAACACUUUUAGCCUUGAUAGCUCCAGUGGACGUCUGACUUUGGCCAAACCUCUGGACCAUGAAAAGAAAUCCAAGUAUAUUGUUGGCAUUCAAGUCUCAGAUGGAGUCCCUGAUCACACACAAAGCAAGUGGAUCACCAUCAAUAUUGAUGACAUCAAUGAUAACGCACCAGUCUUCUCCAAACAGAGUUAUGAGGUGGCGCUUCCUGAACAGACAAGUAUUAACCAAUCAGUAUUGACUGUUCAAGCUACAGAUGCAGACUCUGGGGAGAAUGCUUAUAUAGAGUACAGCAUGGCUCCUUCCCCAGUCAGCAGUUUUUCAAUCAACCCACAGACAGGCACCAUAUUCACCAACCGCAUCAUCACCUUCACAUCUGGUGAGUCUAUCAUCCAGCUUGUUGUAGUGGCCAAAGACAAAGGGUCACCUGUCCUGUCGAGCAUGGUGGCUGUUCACAUUGAAAUCACAGAUGUAAACAAGUACCCUCCCAUCUUUGUGGAGCCGCUCAGAUAUAGUGCAAACAUCAGUGAGCUAGCAGUUAGAGGACAAGUAGUCCUACAGGUAUCCGCUAUCGACAAUGACACAAAUUACCGUGGAGACAACAUUAAUUACACUCUCAUCGGCAGUGGCACUUCAUUUUUUUACAUACGCCAACGUACAGGCCAGAUUUUCUACAAUGGCGGCAUUGAUUAUGAGCAAACCAAGCAGUAUCAGCUUACAGCUGUGGCCACCGACAGAGGGAUCCCAGCUAAAAAUGCAACCAUCCCAGUCAUCAUCAGAGUGUUGGAUGAGAAUGAUAACCCCCCUCUGUUCCUGGAGAACAGCUACUCCAUAACUCUGGAUGAAAACUUCACCACCCAGAAAGUUUUCAUGACAGUGAAUGCAACAGACGCAGAUUCUGGGCCCAACGCUGAAAUCAAGUUCUCCAUAACAUCUGGUAAUACUGAGGGCAUAUUUUUCAAUCCUCGAGGUGAAGGCGGGCUGAUCAUAAUGCAGGACAUGCAACUGGACUAUGAAACACAGACACAUCAUCGGCUGAUUAUGCGUGCCAUGGACUGCUACAACUGUAGCAAGAGUACUGUCAGGUUGUCUGCAUUUGUCACAGUGGAUAUUUUUGUACGAGAUGUGAAUGAGUUCAAACCAAAGUUUCCAGUCAAGUUUUACCUGGAAGAAGUUCAUGAAAAUGCAACGGAGGGAACAUUUGUGUUCCAGGCCAAUGCUUAUGACGGAGAUGGAGGAGAAAUGGGCAUCUUGACCUACAGUCUUAUGAGCGAAUAUGACUACAGACUGUUUGCUAUUGACCCCUAUACUGGAGACAUCACCACUAAGGUGGUCUUUGACUAUGAGGCUGUAAAGAGUCCACACUUGUAUAAUUUGACCAUCUGUGCUACUGACAGAGGAUCAUUCUAUGACAUGGCUGAGGUGACAAUCAGGCUUCUGGAUGUGGAUGAGUUCCCUCCGCACCUCAAUGCAGAGGAAUACAAGUUUGAAGUCCCUGGAUCUGCCAAGGCUGGAGAUUUUAUUGGUCAAGUGUCUGCCACAGAUGCAGAUGGUGGAGAAGCUGGUAGGCUGGUGUACGUUUUCUUAGAAACAAGCCAGUACUUUGCCAUUGAUUCAGUGAGUGGUAAUAUCACAGUCGCUGUCACCUUGAACAGUGACCCGCCCAAAGUGGCAACAUCUCGAAAGAAGCGAGCAUUCACAUCAGACAGUGAGAGUUUGGUCAUCCAGGUGUCUUCUGGUCAACCUGGCUCUCUAAGAGAUGUUGCAAGUUGCAUUAUUACCAUUGACCGGCUGUGUGCAGGAUGCCAAGCACCAGAAAGUGUCCAAUCAAGUGCUGGAAUGGAUGGUGGGAUACUUGCGGCUAUAAUUGUCAUCUGUGUGCUCUUCUUUGUUGUGGCCAUCAUCGUCAUACUCAUUGUGUUGUACAGGCGCAGGCAGCCCAGAAAACAAGUGCCCAGUUACCCAAGUGACUCAAUCAGUGAUCUCCAGCCUCCACCCCAUCUUCCACAUGAUCGCUCUGUCUUUGCUGAUGUUAUACGCCGGCCAAUGAAUGCACAUGUGCAGGAAAACCUCAUUGCUUCUGAUGUCUUCGAUCAGUCCCAGAAUUCUGCGUCAAGUGGACGGGGCUCUGCUGAAGCUGAGGAAGAAGAUGAGGAGAUCAGCAGAAUCAAUUCAAACAACUUUCUGAACUCAUCUCAAGCUUUUCGUCAGAAGGCGAUGCCAGACUCUGGCAUUCAGCAUGACGAUGACACAUUGUCUGAGCCAACAGCUCAGACACACCAGGAGUACCUGGCCAAUCUAGGCAUUGACUCUUCCAAAAUAGGCAAAAACAAACAAGCCUUCAUCACCACCAGUAACCAUUCCAAUGGAGUGAAACAUCUGGGCAGGUCAGCAGAGAGCAUGCACCAGUUCUCAGAUGAAGGUGGUGGAGAGGGCGGAGUGGACACAGACUUGGAAAAAUUAACUGACAUGGAAACAGAUGAAGAAGGUCGACCCCAGAUCAUGAGCUUCCAUGAGCCAGACACUCACAAUGUGGGCUCGCUGUCAAGCGUGGUCAACAGUGAGGAGGUCAAUAGUGGCUCAUACAACUGGGAUUAUCUAAUUGACUGGGGACCCCAGUAUCAGCCUUUGGCUCAUGUGUUUUCUGAAAUAGCUAAGCUGAAAGAUGAGAGUAUUACUCCUAAAAAACAGCCAAUAAAAACUGUCCCACAGAGGCAGAUCAACUCUUUGUUGAAGCCUCAUGUUCGUACAGUCCCUCCUCCAAUUAUAACCAAUGUUCCACCUAUGGGAGUGGCUUUGCUUCCAAGUGAUGAUGACCAUGACUUGGCAGAUCCUUCUCAUCAGACUUCAACAUUGCCCAUCAUAAGAAACAUGAGCCAAUCAAAGCAACAAUCCAACAAUAACAAUCACCCAAAUCAUUACCAUCACAAUCAUUUACCUCAUCACAAUCAUGGCCACCUCCAUCACGGCCAGCUCGGCGGUCUGCAGCAGCAGCAGCCUCAGAUGGUCAAAACUAGUCAUCAGGCUCCAGCCUCCAAUAACCAGUUCAACGCGGCCAGUUAUAACCAGGUGUUUUCCCCUCACAAUAAACUCUUAUCUCACCCCAACACCAGAUCACCUCACUUGACAAGGCACCCACAGCAACAUCACAGCCCUCGCAUGGGCAUUCAUCCUCACCACCAUCCUCCACCACCCCUCCACCCACCACCUCCCAUACCACAGCCCAACCAGUCCACAUCGGGCAGCCGGUCUCAGCCCACAUCUGGCCAUGCCUCUACAAUGAACAUUUCUCUUUGUUCGCUGCCCCGGUCACCCAUAAGCUACGAGUCUAGUGUGACCUCUGCAGCCAUGACACCAUCUCUGACUCCCUCACUCUCUCCGUUAGCCACCAGGUCACCCUCAGUGUCUCCGGUGGUCAGCAGUGGUCACACAACACCGGGCAAGUCAAGCUCUCGACAAAACUUGAUCAAACAGUCUUCCAAUUCUCACAGUAACUCUUCAAAUUCAGAGAAAGAAUUCACUAUCUAGAGCAUUUAAAAAGUUUGUUUACAGAACUUCUAUUCUAUUCAUUGUGUAAACUGUAUCAGUGGUGAACAACUAUCAAACAUUAUUGUAAUGUGUUCAUCAAUCAUGCAGAAAUAGAUUUUAUGGGGAAAAAGAUAAAGACCUGUGGACUUGUUGAUCUAUUCCAAGCUGAGUUCCAUUUGGUCUGUGCUGUGGCUUUAUUCGAGUAGUGUAGUUGUUUGUUUUGUUUCUCUGCCUCCUCUCAGUUUGUCUCAUAACAAAUGUAAAGUAGAUCUUGCCAGAGUUUGACUCUUACACAGCUUCAAGUCAAUUGUACAUAAAGGAAGCUACAAGUUUAUUACUAUUUAACCCUUUCUUCCCACCCUCCCCCACCAGCAAGGUGUUGAUGUUGGCAUCUCAUGAAAUAUUUCUGUUGUGGUCCACAGUUAAGUUGUAUAUUAGAAAGAAACAAUAAUGAUAUUACUCCUACUUAACACAAAUGUUUUGUUGCUAUUGUGCUGCUAAGAAGAUAAUGACUUACUGCUUUGUACUCUAGGAUGUAAGUUAGCUCACAACUACUUUGUGUGAGCUGAUGUGUGAAGGUAACUUGUGGAAGUUUCUAAAUGAAAUGGUUUUGUAAAUAAAGUCACCCUGCUUGUCAUUCCCAUUGUAGUUUCUUCAUAAUAUGAAGGUGGCAUUAGAAUGUCCAUUUAGAAUCAAAACAUUUGAUCUGAUGGAAUGGAGUUCAAUGUAAGAUGAUAUACCAAGUUUUCCAUACUGGUUGUUUUAAAGUCAACAUCAAGCCUCAUCUUCAGAUACAAGAUUUACACUGAGCUCUUUAUGUCCAGUGUUAUUGAGGCCAGCGAACAAAAAUAAACUAUCAGUUUAAUCAUGUAUUAGUUAAUGUUGAUUUAUAAAGGUUAGAUUUGAUCAACAGUUGAGUUAAUUAUACUACUGUUCCUGAAUUAGUUUUGAAAAUGCUGAUAUAAAAAGGAUUUGAUCCAUAAUUCUAUUGUCUGUGAAUGAUCAAAUCUCAUAACUUAGUCAUCGUCUGGACAAAAAACAAAACAAUAGAAAACAUAAUGCAAUGUAUGAAUCUGUUUUUGUUGAAUGUUUUUGUAUUUAUUUGUUAGGUAAAAUGUUUUCUCCUAGUCUUGAGAUCUGCUCUAUACCUAGGGACACUGUUCUUCCACAAUAAGCAUUAGUGUACAAACUUUUGUUACAGUUGUUUGGUGGUGUCCCUAUGGCACAGUGUAUCUAUGGGUUCCUAAAAACAAAUGAGUGUGUAUGUAUAAAUGAUAUUAUUAUUUGAGCCUGUUAAUGCUGUCCCUUGGACGGUGAAGUUAUUGACUGGUGGGAUGAAUUGAUGUGGGACAAGAUAAGGUGUUUUGUUUCUAAAUGAAAUCUUCAAAGUUCAAUUAUUCUGUGAAAUGUCCAGUGCCAGUGCUAUUUUUUCAUUACUUCUUUGAAAAAAUUGUUGAUUAUUUAUAGGAUCAGUUUUAAUUGACAAAUGAAGUAAAUUAAUCCUCUGUUUCACUUUGCAUUGUAUUUUCUCAUGACUUGCCCACUCCCAGUUAGUACCAUAAUUUCUAGUAGUACCAAGAGCUCCAGUAGUACCAAGAUUCCUAUACAUUCUGGUAUAUAAAGGAAUACAUUUAAAAACUUGACCCUGAUCUACCUCCUACACCCCCCUACCUCCUGUGUACUCAUCACCUUGCACAAAGAAAAGUUUGUCAAAAGCACUGGCCCAGGAGCUCCCUCAACAAGCUUUGCUUCUCAUAGUGGAUGUUUUGAUGCCAAGUUUGAACUUCACUCUCUUCCCCCUUCCUGUGUUAAAUACAUGAGAAUCAUUUCAAUAGGACUCAUUGUGUACAUGAGUGAAACAGGUCACAGACAUGGCUAGAAGUGUAGUCAUUGUGUACUGAAAGUUGUACAUGGCUGUAAUGUGUGGUGAUAAUUAAAAGCAUAAUGACAUUCAUGGCUGUUAUAUUUUUAUUUCAAUAUUGGUGCAGAGAGUGUUUAGCACCAAGCCAAUGUUGUUUUAGGAUUCUGUUGAUAUUGUUUAUAAUGGUUGUUGUUUUACUGUUCAACAAUUGUUGAAUGAAGUCUUAUUUUUUUUGGUUGCUAUUGAAGUCUUUAUGAACUCAAUUGUCAAUAACAAGAUUCAUUUCUCUUUUACCAUUUUUGGGGGGUUUUGUUUUAUAUUCCAGUGUAAAUGUCUUACAGCUGUAGUUUCACUUCAUAGUAUAAUCAUAUUUAUUUUUUUUGGUUGCUAUUGAAGUCUUUAUGAACUCAAUUGUCAAUAACAAGAUUCAUUUCUCUUUUACCAUUUUUGGGGGGUUUUGUUUUAUAUUCCAGUGUAAAUGUCUUACAGCUGUAGUUUCACUUCAUAGUAUAAUCAUAUUUGGCUAGUCCUUGUUCUAAGAGGGGACAACUCUUUAUUGGAACCAAUUAUUGAUUUGUUCUUUCCCCUUACUCUUAACUACACAUGAAGUGAUAGAAAAGUAGAUCCUACCAUCAUUUUUUUUAUGUAUUUAAAACUUUUUAAAUAUCAGAACAAAGGGAAAAAAAUGCAUUUUACACAUUUUCAUAACAAAAGAUUACAUCUGUCUAUCAUUUAGCUCUAUUUUGACAUUAAUGUUCAAUUUCCUGUAUCUCAUCCCAAAACUUCUUGACCCAUUAGUUCAUCUGCAAGUUCAUAAACAAUAACUCUGUUCUGUCAAUGGAAUUCAUGAAAAAUUUUGUUUUCUCCCUUGAAUGUUUGUACAUUUAGACAGGAUCAAAUAUUUUAUUAAUGACAAAUGUGUAUAGUGACUUCUAUGACUUUGUUUAUUGAUGAUGUUUAUAAGAAUUUUUUAAAAACUGCAAAUCAAAACUGCAAUAAAUUAUUUGAUGAACAUAAAA